GUACUUUGAAAAAGUUGGUCGUAACGCAUCUAAAAUGACUUCCUUGUCUAAAUUUGAUAAAAAACUUUUUGAAAAAACGAUGAAGACCCGUUUUUUCUUUGGACCUUCUUUUCAUAUAUACGGCGGAGGUAUGUCUGGUUUCUACGAUUUUGGGCCUCUAGGUUGUGCUCUAAAAACUAACUUACUUGCUCUAUGGAGAUCUCAUUUUAUACUGGAGGAGAACAUGAUGGAAGUGGAUUGCCCCAUGCUCACACCAGCUCCAGUUUUAAAAGCUUCUGGCCACGUCGAUAAGUUCAGUGACUUUAUGGUUCAGGAUGGACUCACUAAAGAAUAUUUCCGGGCGGAUCACCUAUUAGCCAAUAAGAUAAGCUCGCUUCUGAAUAACAAAAAAAAUAGCGAAGCUCAAAAGAUGGCGUUGGAAAAGUCGCUUGCUUUGGUUGACGCCUGGUCCAACGAUCCAGUUCUGCUUGAAGAGAAACUUAAAGAAUAUGAAGUGAAGUCUCCCGAAACAGGAAACGACUUGUCUCCUCCAAUCCCCUUCAACUUAAUGUUCCCAACUUUCAUCGGCCCAACGGGAUUAGCCAAGGGUUAUCUUCGUCCUGAAACUGCUCAAGGAAUAUUCGUAAACUUUAAGCGUUUGCUUGAGUAUAACCAAAACAAACUCCCUUUUGCUUGCGCUCAAAUCGGAACUUCCUUUCGGAAUGAAAUAAGCCCCCGUCAAGGUUUACUUCGACUGCGCGAAUUUCAGAUGGCUGAAGUCGAGCACUUUUUGCACCCAAAAGAUAAGUCGCACCCGCGGUUUGCUCAGGUGAGCCACGUGGAGCUCCACCUUCUUCCACGGGAAGCCCAGGAACUUGCCAAAGAGGCGGAGAUAAGAACGAUUGGCGAGGCCGUCCGCUCGGGUAUGAUUAACAGCGAGACUCUCGGCUACUACAUCGCGCGAACUUACUUGUUUCUACUGCGGGCGGGCAUCAAGCCGGAUAAAGUCCGGUUUCGGCAGCACUUGGCCACUGAAAUGGCCCACUACGCUUGUGACUGUUGGGAUGCUGAACUUCUUUUGGCUAGCGGCUGGAUCGAGUGCGUUGGCUGUGCUGAUCGCUCGGCUUAUGACCUCCAGAGGCACUCGGAAUUUUCCGAUCAACAGCUCAUGGCGACCGAGAGACUCGAUCAACCACUAAGGCGAGAAGUAAUGUUCGUACUACCCAACAAAGCUUUAUUGGGUCCUCUUCUCGGGAAGCGCAUGACUGCUGUACAGAAAUGCCUCGAUGAACUUACAGUUGAAAGUAAGAUGGCCAUGCAGCGGCAGCUUGUGGAACAGGGCACGUUCGUUUUGAGCGUUGCUGGCGAGGAGCUCGAACUUAGGCCCGAAAUGGUUUCUUUCAAAACCGAAGAGCAGAACGUUUAUGACGAGCACUUUACGCCACAUGUCAUCGAACCAUCCUUCGGGAUCAGCCGACUCGUUUAUGCGAUUCUCGAGCAAAACUUUUAUCUGCGUGACGGGGAUGAACCACGUGCUGUUUUAUCGUUUCCUCCCGUUAUUGCUCCCGUGGCUGUGACCAUUUUCCCGCUACUGAAUAACAAAGGGUUCGUAGUUUUCAUAGAGAAACUUUCUAAAGAAUUUAGGCAGGCUGAAGUGUUAUUCAAGGUUGACGACAGUAAUGUGAAUAUUGGCCGCCGCUACGUCCGGGCAGACGAAACUGGUUGCGCCUUUGGCUGCACUAUAGACUUCGACACCCUCAAAGACGAUACUGUCACGCUUCGCGAACGGGAUUCGAUGGGACAGGCGCGUCUUCCCAUCUCUGACGUCGCUGCAGUCGUAAAGGCGCUGGUCCAGCAAAAAUGCACUUGGGAACAACUGAUUAAGAAAUACGGACUUUUUGUGUUUGCAGGCGAUAGCAGAUAG